UUCAUCUCCUUCGGCUGCACGGCCCUCCGGUAAACGAUUGAAUUCGCACCAAAGUUAUACCAAGAAGGAUCGAGAACGAUCCGUGGUGCUCGUCAGAUCAGGAUCGAACGGGAUCUGCGAAAGAAUGAGUUACCUGAAUCGAGUCUGGAUGGCAGCGACGGUGGCGGUGGUGCAGGGACACACCGACCACGGAAUCAACUCCAGCCAGCUCCGCUCCCUCCACCGUGCCGGGGACCGCCUAGCCUCCGCCGCGGCCGCUGCCACGGGGGUCGGGAUCGGGCGGGCUCUGGGUGGAGCCGGCGCCGAGGAGCGCCGGAAGCAGGCGGACGACUCGCUCCGGCAGGUCAUGUACCUCAGCUGCUGGGGGCCCAGCUAAUCGACGGGGGUGAAACUUCCGGAUCGAAGAUCCAACCGAUCGACGUGCUUCUUUGGAGGGCGAAGAGCGGCUGCGAGUGAUCCAGUACAUCCCGGGCCGCCCAAGGCUUUGCUUCACCGCCGGGUCUGUUUGGGGGCGCAGAUUGGAUACUGAUCUUGAAUGGCAGAGAGGGAUGCGGAACGUAAUGAUGUUACUAAACGUGUAAUUAUUGUGUAUUUCUAUGGCUACUGGACUCCGAAGCUGUCUAUUGGCGAAAUAAAAUCUUCCUCGGUUUCCCUAAA